AAGAGGUCUUUUAAAAAAAAGUUUAAAUGACUUGUGAUAUCACCAGCGUAGACCGUUAAGUUGUAGUAAGUCAGGAGUUGGUGUACCGAGACGAGCAAAGUCGUAUUUAUUUAGUGGUCUGAGGGUGUCGCUUUAGCGAAAUUAGCCAGAACAAACAAUGAGCUCUGAAGAGGCUACAGCCAACAACAAGAGCGUCCCGGAGGACGACGGCAUGACCUGGUGGUACCGAUGGCUCUGCAAAAUAUCUGGAGUUUUGGGAGGAAUAUCCUGUGCCAUCUCAGGCGUGUGGAACUGUGUCACUGUGAACCCUUUAAACAUUGCUGCCGGAGUGUGGAUGGUGUUGAACGCCUUUGUGCUCUUCCUGUGUGAAGUACCGUUUUGCUGCCAGUUCGUAGAGUUUGCUAAUGCCGUUGCAGCCCGUGCAGACAAAUUCAGACCCUGGCAGAAAUCCUUGUUCUACUGCGGGAUGGCUCUGUUUCCUGUGUUCUUGAGUUUCUCCUUUACAACCUUGUUUGGAAACGCCAUCGCCUUUGCCACAGGAGUCCUGUAUGGACUUGCUUCUUUAGGCAAAAAGGGAGAUGCAGUCACCUACGCCAGACUGCAGCAUCAGAAACAGGAUGAAGAGAGAAUGACGGGGACGACAAACGGGGCCCCAGAGUGAGGCUUCUGCCUUUCCUGUAAAAUCUUCCAUCCACCAUAUGUGUACCUCCUUCAUUUC